UGCUUUAUUCAACAAUCGGUACCAAUAAUAAUAACGUUCAUAUCCAAGCUUCUGUCUGCAGUUGCUUAACAUUUAGAUUGGCUAACGGUUAGCCAGUUAACAGCCAGCUGCUAAUUUGCACGAGCAGCCAACUCCUCUCUCACUGGCAACUCACCAGGCCAGGCCACACCUUUUAAAGCCACACACGUUCAAAGUCGCAUAUACUACAGUGUAUAAUGUAAGGAGGGGAACUAAAGUGGCCAAAAAUAAUACCUGCACUUCAAUAAAUUAUUGUUAAAUGAUACAAAAUCAAAUUCUAUUACUCAAAUAAUUGAGUAAUAGAAUUUGCUAGAAUAAUGGAUCCUAAAAAGAUUUAAUAGCCCCAACCCUAAACUCUACCCCUUAGAGAGCAACUUGUCAUAUUAUUAGGGACGCCUCACAUACACACACACAUUCAUGUUCAUCUUAAGCACACACAAUUCCCGCUUUAACCCCUCGGGCGUCCGUUCCGGCUGGCUAGCAUUGCCGCCUCCCCAAAGUGGACCGACAGGCCCUGGCCGGGAUUAGGCGAGCGCUAAUCUGGGACACGUCAGAUUACGCUUUUCACUUCGCGCAGCUCACGUGACACAUAAAACAGGACCUCCCGAAUAGAGGGAUGGAUGGAUAGAGUAGAUGAGAGUGGGAAGGAAGAAGGGUCACGCAAUAACACCGCCGCACUACCGUGUCGGGACGAAAGGACGAUGCGAAAUAAGAACGUUACAGCCACAUGUACGCAAACGAGCCGGGCUAAAAUUGCAGCGGUCGGACAACAUGGAGGCUCUGGAGGAGUACCGCUCGCCCUUCGACUUUGAGCGAGGUGUCGAUGCCAGCUUCCUCCACCUGGCGCCCGCCUUCAGCGACACACCGACGCUGCCCAGCAGAGGCUCGCAGCUGGAUCUGGAUCCGGUGGCCGAAGUGGGACAGGACGCGGCGAUGGGCGUCGGACCCCCGUCGCCAACCCCUAUGAUGACUGAGGAGGAACGCCAGGAGCUGCAAGUGGAGUUGUUGAGGGUGGAGGAUGAGAUCCAGACGCUGUCUCAGGUUCUGGCGGUGAAGGAGACGCAGCUGGCCGACAUCAAACGGAAGCUGGGGGUGACGCCGCUCAACGAGCUCAAGCAGAACUUCACCAAAUCUUGGCAGGAAGUCACCACCUCAUCGGCGUACAAGAGGACAUCGGAGACGCUGUCGCACGCCGGCCUCAAGGCCACGGCGGCCUUGUCCAACGUGAGCGCGGCCAUCAGCCGCAAGCUGGAAGACGUCAGCAAGCGCUCUUUGCAGCACUCGGCUAGCAUGCCUGUCAUGAGGAAUGCUCCCUCCUUCAAGACCUUUGAGGAGAAAGUGGGGUCAUGGAAGAACAAGAUGAGUCAAUCGGAGAUGGACGCCGGCGAGCAGAUUAACGUUCCAGAUGCGGAGCCUCAGCACCAGGACACGCCCACCACCCUUGACACGCCCUUGCACUAACCCCCUGAGCACCAACCCUUUGACCCCCCCCCCCCUCCAAACAUAUCUUCAAAGGUGUCGGUAUCCUGAAUUCAUUAGAACCUCGCAACCUCCUGACAUCGCUUUAUGCGGCACGCGCUCACUCAGCUUCACUUAACACAAACGCACGUUGUUCUUGUUCUAUAGCUUCAUCAUGUUAACAUUUUGUUUUUGUCAUGUUUGGGGCCAAAUCCGCUUUAUUUAUAAUAGUCUAACACACACACACACACACACUCAAGGUAGUGAAGCCAAAGUGAACAUUUGAACAAAGUUGGUGACUGCUGCUUCGUUACUAACUGUAAGCCAUAAUAAAAAAAGGCUGUUACACUGCCCGAGUUUCAAAAUACAAUACACUCUUUACUCAGUGCGCUUUAAGAUAUUUUUUAAUAUAAAUCUCUCACGUUAUCAUGGAUUUUGUUGUUGAAUUAAUAAAUAUAUUAAACUGCUCAACAGUUGUUUUUAAUUAACUUCAAAGCAGAAAAAAAAUGGCCAAAAACGUACAUUUGUUCGUAAAGUUAUAAAACAUGGAAAAUUCACUUUUUUUAAAUGAAUUAAAAUUUGUUAAUUUGCUAAUAAUAUAAAAGCAAACAUAAGUAUCAUAAUGAUAUUGAGUGAAUUGGGGGAAAAUGCAUAUUAGCUGCAUUUCCCGAUUUGAACACCAGAUGGAGGCAAAGAACAGAAGCUGCCGUAACCUGGAAAGUUGGCCACAACGUACAUCCACCGCAGUUGUUCGCCUCAUAAUUGCCAGUUAUGAUCCUCAAUGUCCUAAUAAUUAUCAAGCUGUGUCACUCUAUAAGUCUAGUUAUAUCCAGGAAUUAUGUUUCCAGAGUGCUUUGAUAAGCAAAUGCUGAUGCAAAACCGUAACAUUUUAAGCUUACAUGACAAUGUAGCUACAUUAUUUUACAGUUUGAUCGAUGAACUGCUGUUAAAAUCAAUAAAUUGCAUCCGCAAAGAUGAA